AACCUUGGCUGCAGCCCGCCAGUGAGCCUCAAGGAGAAGAAGAAGAAGCAAAAAGACGAACACAAGAAGACGGCAGACUAUAAAAGCUGGACGCUGAAGUCGUGCAAGACAAAUAAAUAAUCAACAUGUUCCGAGAGUUGGUGAAGCAGAGACUCAUGGCGGCGGCAGAUGAAAUCUUCGCGCUGUUCGAAAGAACCAUCGCGUCGUACGAGGAGGAACUUUCUAGAAGCAGAGAAGAGAAGGAGCGACAUCGACGGCAACUGGAAGCUGUUUGCAAAACUCAAAUUGUGCUGCACGUUGAAGAUGUCCAGCAGCUGAUUGAUGGUCAAGAAAAGCGUCCCGUUCAGCCGCAAAAGAGGCGGAAGGAUGGGGAACUCGGGACUAUUAAGGAGGGGGAUUGUCUCCUCGGGCCGGAGGAAGCUGAUCCCACCAAGUUGCAACUCAAUGUUGUCUCUGUGAAGAUUGACGAUUAUGAAGAGAAACCACAAGACUGCCACAAGGAGGAUAAAGACGGGGAUGACUCCCACAAACCUUUGCACGGCCGUACAGACUGUGGAGGUGACUUGAAGACUCGCGCUGACAACAAGCGCUCGAAAAAAAAGAAGACGGGUAGAGAAUGUGUGAGCUGCUCGGUCUGUGCGAAAACAUUUACUCAGAAGGGCCAUCUGACUCAACACAUGAGGACGCACACGGGAGAAAAACCCUUUAGUUGUUCAGUUUGUCAGCAGAGAUUCUCCCAGAAAGGUACAAUGGUAAUACACAUGAGAACUCACACAGGAGAAACACCUUUCGGUUGCUCGCUCUGUGGCAAGAGCUUUUCCCACGGUACCAGUUUGACCCGACACAUGUCGAAACACACGGGAGAAAAGCCUUUCAGUUGCUCAGUUUGCAGUAAAAGGUUCCCUCACCAGCUGCAGAUGAAAAUACACAUGCGGACGCACACGGGAGAAAACCCUUUUGUUGUUCAUUUUGCGGCCAACGAUUCUCUCAGAAGGUAGCGAUGGUAUCGCACGUGAGAGCGCACACGGGAGAGAAACCCUUCUUUUGUCGAGAGUGCGGGAAAAGAUUCGCCCGGAAAGUAAACGUGGCGACGCACAUGAGGACGCACACGGGGGAAAAACCCUUCGCGUGUUCACUUUGCGACAAAACAUUCUCGCACGACGCGUCGCUGCGGUCGCACGCGAGAACUCACACGGGAGAGAAACCCUUCGCUUGUUUAAUUUGCGGGAAAAAAUUCUCCCGCAAGCUGACAAUGGCGGCGCACAUGACGACGCACACGGGAGAAAAACCCUUCCGUUGUUCGCUCUGCGGCAAAAGAUUCUCUCAAAAGGCCAACCUGGCGUCGCACAUGACGACGCACACCGGGGAGAAGGCCUUCAGCUGCUCGGUUUGUGGCAAAAGAUUCUCUCAAAAGUCAAACAUGGUGACACACGUGAGAAAGCACACGGGAAAAGCAGCUGGUCAAGAAGGCUUGGAGUCGGACUCAGAAGAUAAUAAGAUGAAAUGAAACACAUACAGUACUUACCAGCUUAGUUUGUUCUCUGACCACGCUCUCAACUCAGAGCAUUUGUAUCUCAAGUCUACGUCGCCCACUGAAGUGAACUAAAAUCAAUAACUGGUGCUUACCCCCCCACAAUAGCACCAUCUUACCAUGUAACAUUCAUUUUGAUGAGAAAAAACACCUUUUAGAUUAGAAAUAUUACAUGGAAACAAUACUAUAGAAUGUACAAAAGCAGUGAAGUUGUGUAAAUGGUAAAUAAAAAGA